AGGUCGAAGCGGCAAAGGUUCCCGACGUAAGGUCAGCAGGCGUGGUUACUUCAGACGGCCGUCCCUGCAGUCUCCCGGGGCACGAGAGUUCGUGCAUCGAUAGAGGCACUCAUGGGAAUAACCUCUGCACAUUAUACCGCGUCACUAAAAACGACGAAAAAGCUCUCACUCAUCCGAGUUUUCUCAACGUUGCAGAUGAUGCUAAAGAAGGUCUUGAUGAAUACCUACGGAGUCACCUAGUUACAUCAUGUCGUUACUACAGCGGCUUGCUUACGAAACAAUUUGAUCGUGUCAAAAAUAACUUGACGAGACACCUAGCGCAACCUGUGGAGGAACCAGUACAAACUCCUUGCUUACCAGUGUACAAAGUCGAAGCUUGCACAAUGAAACCGAGCGGUCGCGCCGCUUUAGCUAGCCAGACGAUUAAACACCCUUAUUGCAAGCCCACAAGGCACAUGUCUUGCUGCAUACUCUCCCCAGCAAUAAGCCUAACAGAUAUUUGUAAAAACGACAAGACUAAUUUAAAGUCAGUUUAUUACAUGUUAUCCGCAAUAGAAGGGAGAUUGAGAAGGCUCAAGUUAAGCACUCACAAUGUAUACUAGUUGUCACUAGAUGUCGCUGUUGUAAGUUUGAGGUUGCAAGCGCUCAAGUUGUUUCUAAUUAGUACUUGAAGUUUUCAAUAGAUGUCGUUGUUUUAAGUUUUUUAAUCUAAUAUAGUCGUAGUCUUUUGACUUGAUUUCUGUAAACACGUUCAUAGCAAGCGCGAUUCAUAGCAUUUUUUUUAAUAUUUGACAAUGUAUUGUAAUAAAAUAGCUUACCAAUAAGUUAAAUAAAAA